AUUGCAAAGCACGUGUAUUCGUGUGUGUCUGGAGUCAUGGGGCAACACAAAUCUAGCACACAAUAGCAAAGCAAUGCCAGUGGACCGCAUACGCAUGAACGUCGUUUCUAUAUUCCGCGGACUUCAUAACUUCAGGAUUACAUUGUAAGACAUAUGAAAAUAGAGGGAUUUGUCCUCUCGUUCAGGAGAAAACGGAACAGUGAGAUCUACAAGCAAUCCUGCGCGAAGAGUUAGAGUGCCGCAGAGAGCAACAAGAAAGAGACCGAAUGGUCAGACCCCAGCAAGAAGUCUAAUUUCCCAGUGGCUGUUUUUUACGUUUUUUUUUUCUACACUGUCACACUCCAUCUGCCUCCGUGGCAACAGCCAAGUCUGUUUCGUAACAGCCAGUCGUGUCUGUUUUUUUUGAGCUGAACAACAAUUUCUGCAGUUUGCAAAAUAUUUUACGCUUGCGCUACUUGAUUUGAGGUUCCAGAGGAGCUGAGACAAAGGACAGGGUGGUGAGACACCCGGAUUUUACCAAGAUUUUUGUUUACGGAACGAAUCUGUGAAGAAUAUUUGCACCAAAAUGAUUUCCCACUGUAGUUCAGGCAAUCCAACAUAGUGAACUUCUUCAACUCUGUGUAUUUUAUUGCCGGGUGAAUCUUAUCACCUUGGCAACUGCUAAUUUUUACAGUAUUAUUAUGAGUGAUGACAACUCAGACAUUGCCCCCAGCAAUGACACAAAUAGAGGAGCAGGAGGGGUCGAGAAAAAGGCAGGGCUUGUAAACAGAUCCUGCGGCAUGGGUGAGAGUUCCCCAUCAAAUUCGGAAAAUAGCGGGACAGGAUCAUCUCCACGAGGGGUAUCUGUUCCCAAAGGAUCCACAGGUGACAACCGAGGGACGAAUUCCGAUGAUACGGAUGGACUAUCGAGUGGAAAUGACUCUGGGGAGAGGGAAAGUGAAGGAGGGAAUGGAUCCAGAGGCAGACAGUCGAACAGAAGUUAUCAGAGUUCCUCCAGUCAGAAUGGAAAAGACUCAGGCAUGUGUCUGGAGACUACAGAAAGCAACAAGAGCUCAAACUCUCACAGCCCCUCUCCACCCAGCAGCUCUCUGGCUUACAGCCUGUUGAGUGCCAGCUCUGAACAAGACCCACCAUCCACCAGCGGCUGCAGCAGUAAUCAGUCUGCUCGCAUCCAGACCCAGAAAGAGCUGAUGAGAGCCCUAAAUGAGCUGAAGAUCCGUCUGCCACCAGAGAGAAAGAUGAAGGGACGCUCCAGCACUCUUAAUGCCCUCAAAUACGCCCUCAGCUGUGUCAGACAAGUCAGAGCCAAUCAGGAGUAUUAUCACCAGUGGAAUGUUGAGGAGUGUCAUGGCUGUAGUCUGGAUCUCUCCACCUUCACUGUUGAAGAACUGGAUAAUAUCACCUCCGAAUACACGCUCAAAAAUACAGACACUUUCUCAAUGGCAGUUUCGUUCCUGUCAGGGAAGGUUGUGUACAUCUCCCCACAGGGUUCAUCACUUCUGCGCAGUAAGCCAGAAAAGCUGCAUGGGGUUUUGUUUUCUGAGCUUUUGGCCCCCCAAGAUGUGAGCACCUUCUACAGCAACACUGCACCCUGCAAACUACCUCCCUGGGCCUCCUGCAUCGGCUCUGCCUCUCCACCAGCAGACUGCACCCAAGAGAAGUCCAUGUUUUGUCGCAUCAGUGGCGAUGUCUCAACCAGUGGCGAUGUGAGGUACUACCCGUUCAGACUGACCCCCUACCUGCUCACACUCCAAGACUCUGAUGCGGCUUACCCUCAACCCUGCUGUUUGCUCAUCGCAGAGAGAGUGCACUCGGGAUAUGAGGCCCCUCGCAUUCCUCCAGAUAAGAGGGUAUUCACCACCAGUCACACCCCCAGCUGUCUCUUUCAGGAGGUGGAUGAGCGGGCAGUUCCUCUGUUAGGUUACCUGCCUCAGGACCUGGUGGGAACCCCAGUCCUGCUAUGCAUCCAUCCGGACGACAGACCCAUUAUGGUGGCCAUCCAUAAGAAGAUUCUUCAGUUUGCAGGGCAGCCAUUUGACCACGCUCCUUUGAGGAUGUGCGCACAUAAUGGAGAGUAUCUGACCAUAGACACCUCGUGGUCCUCCUUCAUUAACCCCUGGAGCAGGAAGGUGGCCUUCAUUGUUGGCCGCCACAAAGUCAGAACCUCUCCACUGAAUGAGGACGUCUUUACCCUGCCGAGAGGUCUGGAGGAGCGGACCCUGACCCCAGACAUCGCUCAGCUCAGUGAGCAGAUCCACAGGCUCCUGGUGCAGCCCGUCCACAGUGGCAGCUCUCAGGGCUACGGUAGCCUUGCCAGCAAUGGAUCCCACGAGCACCAGCCGAGUGCCGCCUCCUCGUCAGAAAGCAGCGGGCCGGGUCUGGAGGACCCUUCGCAGCUCCACAAACCUAUGACCUUCCAGCAAAUCUGCAAAGAUGUUCACAUGGUGAAGACCAGCGGACAACAGGUCUUCAUUGAAUCCCGCAACCGACCUCCUCUUAAAAAACAUUCUACUGCAGGUGCUUUGCAAGCAGGUGAAACAGCAGAGCCAGGCAGCAGUCUCGGCCCCUGUGCUGCUCCACCCUCGAAGAGCUCCGCACCCUCCAUGAUUGUGCGGAAGGAGCCGCCCACCACCUUCUCUUAUCAGCAAAUCAACUGCUUGGACAGCAUCGUAAGGUAUCUGGAGAGCUGUAACAUCCCAAAUACGGUGAAGAGGAAGUGUGGCUCUUCCUCCUGCACUGCCUCCUCCACCUCUGAUGAUGACAAACAGCAGGACGCUUCAGGCAAUUCUAAAGGUCCGUCCGUGUCUCUGGUAGAGGAGAGUGCGUUGUUACCCCCACUGGCCAUGCACAGUAAAGCUGAAAGUGUAGCCUCGGUCACCUCUCAGUGCAGUUUCAGCAGCACCAUCGUCCAUGUGGGGGACAAGAAACCUCCUGAGUCAGAUAUCGUAAUGGAGGAAGUCCCUCCAACUCCGAAUGCUGCUCCUCCUACCACACAGCCACAAGCUCCUCUCACAGCCAUGCCCUCUCUGCCCCCUAGCCCUGCUCCUGAUAGGGAUGCAGGGAGAAGAGGAGGUCCAGGGGCAGCUGGAGGAGGAGAAAGGUUGGGUCUCACGAAAGAGGUCCUGUCAGCUCACACACAACAAGAGGAGCAAAACUUCUUGUGUCGCUUCAGAGACUUAAGCAAACUCAGAGUGUUUGACCCAACCUCAGCUGUGCGCAGACGAACAACCGCACCUUUAGCAAGAGGUGUGCGCUGCUCUCGUGAUUACCCAGCAGCAGGUAGUAGCGGGCGCAGGCGUGGUCGAGGAGGCAAAAGACUGAAGCACCAAGAAACUUCAGAGCAAACGGGUUCUUGUAGCCCAGCUGGCCCACCAAGAGGGAUUCCCGCUUUGGACAGGCCCUCUAUUUCCUCUAUACCUAUGGGUCCUGCAGCCAGCUCCUCCUCCUGGCCCACCUCAGGGUCACAAACUAGCGUUCCCUCUGUCCCGUACCCACCCGGCGUCCUUCCUUUAUAUCCCGUCUAUCCCCAUCUUUCCCAUCCCGUCUCAGAUCCUAACAUGCAGACGGGGCUACGCUUCCCCAUUCAGAACUCGCAGAUGGCACCUCCAAUGGUCCACCCGAUGAUGGCGUUUGUAUUACCCAACUAUAUGUUUCCACAGCCCAACAUGGGCAUGCCUCAGCCCUUCUACAGCCCAAACUCAGCUUUCCCUUUCCCCGCUGCCAACAUAGCCUCCCUUGCGCCAUGUCAGGUCCCGACCCCAGUACCACGCGCCCACUCUCGCUCCAGCACCCCUCAUUCCUACAGCCAAAGAGAGGCAGGGGCUGAGAGAGAAGGAGCAGAGUCUCCGCUCUUUCAAUCCAGAUGCUCCUCACCCUUAAAUCUGCUGCAGCUGGAGGAGUCACCAAGUAACCGGUUCGAGGUGACGUCAGGGCAACAGACCACAUCUCCUAUGGUGGGACAAGGGGGUGGAGCAGGAGGACAGGCCUCUUCCAAUCAGAGAGGUUCAGCGGUGGAUUCAAAAGAGAAUGAAAAUGGUGAAACAACAAAUGAAUCCAAUCAAGAUGCCAUGUCCACCUCCAGUGAUCUGCUAGACCUGCUGUUACAGGAGGACUCUCGCUCAGGCACUGGUUCAGCCGCCUCAGGCUCUGGGUCAUCAGGCACAGGCUCCUCUGGGUCAGGCUCAGGGUCUUCUGGGUCAGGGUCCAAUGGCUGCAGCUCUUCAGGAAGUGGAACUAGAAGCAGUCAAAGCAGCAAUACAAGCAAGUACUUCGGCAGUGUGGACUCAUCAGAGAACAGCCAUUCACGCAAGCAGACAGCAGGGGGUGAUGGAGAGGCACAGUUCAUCAAAUGUGUCCUACAAGACCCCAUCUGGCUCCUGAUGGCCAACACAGAUGAAAAGACUAUGAUGACGUACCAGCUGCCCAUCCGAGACAGAGAUUCUGUGUUGAAAGAGGACCGUGCUGCUCUGAGAGCCAUGCAGAAACAGCAGCCUCGCUUCACUGAGGAGCAGAAAAGCGAACUGAGUGAGGUUCACCCUUGGAUCCGCACUGGACGCCUGCCUCGUGCUAUCAACAUUUCUGCAUGUGUGGGCUGUAGAUCCUCUCCUACGGUCCCCUCCACGGCCCCCUUCGAUGUGGAGAUCCACGAGAUGGAGUUCUGCAGUGUUCUAGAGGUGACAGAAGAGGGCGCCACUGCUGAAAAACACACUCAAGCAGACACAGCCAUGGAGAAGAGCGAGGCUGAGGGAGAAGGCGAGUUGUGCAAAGACCAGGAGGUUGAGACUAUUAUGACUUCACAAAUCAAUGACCAAGAAAUGAUGACAGAAGAACAGGAAGCCUCCUCACAGAUAGAGGAGGAAAUGGGUGCCUCACAUACACAGAUGACACACUAAAGACACCUUGAUUCUGAUGACAUCAUUUGUGUACUCGUUAAAUUAUCCAGUUGUAUUUAUUUCUAUAAAUAAAUGCUAAUUAGCCAGGAAAGUCUGACAGAUGAUGAAUGUAAAGCAAACCAGCUUUAUUGAAAGACUGUGAUACUACAAAUAUUUUGGUUAUUGCAAAGAGGCAAUGAUCUGUUAGCGGGUGUGAUUUGGCCGGAAAUAAAGGGUAUGUAGCUUUAGACCACUCUGAAUUUGACUUUGAGAUGCCACUUGUUUGAUUCCAGUUCUGGUGACCUGCAGAAACCCAUUUUGUGGCAUGCUGAACAACUUUUUCAAACGUUGUCAAAUGGGCUAACGGCUCUUCACACCAAGGACGAUAACUAUAACGGCAACUGUAACAUUCGAAUAAUCUAAUUCUGUCAGAAUUGGGAAAUCCACACCACAGCCUAAAAAUAUCAUUGGAAUCAUUUUCAAAACUUUUUCCAGAUGAAUAAAUUGACAGCCAAUCAGAAUCCACCACAGCAUGCAACAUUGUUGCCUACUGGUGUGGAUAUUAAUAUACAGUUGAAGUCAAAAGUUUGCACUCACCUUGCAGAAUCUGCAAAAUGUUUAUUUUACCAAAAUAAGAAGGAUCAUACAAAAUGCAUGUUAUUUUUUAUUUAGUACUGUCCUGAAUAAGAUAUUUCACAUAAAAGACAUUUACAUACAAUCCACAAGAGAGGAAAAAAAAGACCCUGUUCAAAAGUUUACAUACACUUAAUUUGUAAUACUGUGUUGUGGAUCUGAAUGAUCCACAGCUGUUUUUUUGUUUUGUUUUGUUUUGUUUUUUUACCCAGUGAUAGCAGGGUUCAUACAAGGUGCUUAAAGUACUAGAAUUUUACUUUUGGAAAUUUAAGGCCUGGAAACCCCUUGAAAAUAGCAGUAUUUCUGAAGAGGUACUUGAAAAGUGCUUGCGCUUAUUUCAGUUAAUGUCAGAAAACUAUCGAGCUAAAUAAGUAAUAGUACUGACACUGUCUGUCAGUAAACAUGUCUGAAGAUGCGAAAAAAGGAACGGAUGAACCAAAUCAAUUAAGUCGUUUAUGCCGGAACCGCUCCGAUUGAUUUAACCCCGUGAUUUUGAUCAUUUAUUUUAAGCGAUUCACUAGCAAAAGCCAGAUCAAUUAAAAAAUUUGCCAUUAAUUUUCAAUUUCAACAUCACUUGUAACGAUUUUAAAAAGUACGUAGUAAUGGGUGAAACAGCUUUUUGAAACUUUGAAUCAGUUAAACCGUUGUGUCGCAAAAUGAUUCACUGCUUCGAAGCGCUCCAAUCGGAUUUCGUAUCACGAAUCAUUUGUUUAGGAUCGGGACGUUAAAUUGCGUAUCAUUUGAUUUAGAUUAGAAUUUCGCAUAUCGUGAAAUUCCAUCAUUUGAAUCAUUUGAUUUAGAUCGAAACUGGUUCGUGAAUCAUUUCGCAAACUGAAUUAUUCAAAUCAAAUGAUUCACGAUCUGCGCUUCGAGUCGUGAUCUAAAAUGAUGGUUUGCGAAUCUUUAUUCACAUCAGGACUUUGAGCGUGGAUCGCGAAUCAUUUGAUUUAGAUCAGAACUUUGGUGUGGGACCGGGUUCGCGAAUCUUUUACUUUAGAUCGGAUCUUCGUAGCGCAGAUCACGAAUCAUUUGAUUCAUAUCAGGAUUUUCGGAUCUUUUUUUGUAUUUCUUUUCUUCAACAGUAGAAAACAAAUUUUAAGGCAGUACAACUAUAAAAACGAAAGAAAUACGAAAAUAUACACAAAUAUACUAUAGUAAAAGUGUAGUGUACUUUGUAAUACUUCGCAUAUGCUUCUCUUUAUUUAUUUAUUUAAUUUAUUAUUAUUAUUUUUUUUUUUUUUUAAGUAGUGCUUGAACAGUCCUGGAAUUUCAUAAUUUACAGUAUUUGUAGGAACCCUCUGAUAGUUGCCCCUUAAUUGUUUGUCCUGAACAGUUAAAGUGCCCGCUGUUCUUCAGAAAAAUCCUUCAGGUUCCACAAAUUCUUUGGUUUUCCAUCAUUGUCUUUUAUGUGAAAUAUCUUAUUCAGGUCAGUACUAAAUAAAAAAUAGCAUGCAUUUUGUAUGACCCCUCUUAUUUUAGUAAAGUAAUUAACAUUUUGCAGAUUCUGCAAGGUGUAUGUAAACUUUUGACUUCAACUGUAGAUACAGUUAUAGUUAUCAUCAUUGGUAUGAACUGACCUUUAAACUCUGUGGUGUUAAGUUGGUUUAGGUGUUGUAAGAUGUGCACUUAGACAGGAGAACAGAUGCACUGCCUUUGAGGACAGUCUAACUGUUUCUCACCUUGUGCUUUUUGACAUUUCCCAAACAUUAUGGAAAUGUUAUUGUAAUUUUUUACCGGUAUAUACAAAGUAGGAUUUUUUGACCAAAUUUACACACACAAAACCUUGUUUUUGUUUUGUUUUUGAUGAUUCUGUAUAUUUUUUUUUAUACAUUAUUGGUGCAAAAUUGUUAACUGUUAAAACUAAUUUUGUGAAAUGCAUUGCGGCUCUACUGAGAGAGUCAUUGGUCUGCUACAGUUCACUUUCACCACUUAGAUGUCACUACAGUAGCCAUGGCAACUGUGAACUUUCAAAGAGUAUUUGUAGCUCAAAGCAUCUUCUUGUAGAGUAGCACUUAGCGAAGGGAAGCUCUAGAGGUCACGGCCAAAAAAAGCUGCCGCCCGAUGCUGGGUCGAAAAGGUGGAGGCUUUUAUUUCGUCAAAGAGGAAUAAGUUCUUAUAGGAUAGUUUACCCAAAAACAGAAGAAAAAAGUCAUACAGGUUUGGACAAAAACUGUUUCGGGUGAACUAACGAGUGAAAAUAGUGUUGGCAAUCAUUUUCCUCUCGUUUACCUUUUCUCUGUCGGUUUCAGUCAUGUGCUCUUUGACUUCAAGUUGUCCUGGAACAGUUUGUAAUUAUUUUGUGUAUUUCUUUAUAUAUGAAAAAAUAAAAAGAAUAUGAUUCACACA